CAAUGAGUCGAAGUCUGUCUGACUUCGCCUAUUAGGCUACACUCCCAACGUCCAAGUUCAUUUCCAGACUUAGCCUUGUUUGUAGCGUUUGAAUCAGAAGGCGUCGAGCUGGCAAUACCUAUCUAGAGGGCUGAAGCCUGAAGGGAGUAGAGGGCAUGGCAGCAACAGCUGUUUGCUUCCGCCCGCAUCAGCUUCAACAUUCAGCAACCAAGAGCUUUGCUUCAGAGCGUGAUCUGCUGGCAAAUCAACGCACAUAUUGCUCACAGAGGCAGGGAAAAGCUGCAUUCCACUGCGUGAUCCAUCAAUCUAUGCCCGCAAGGGCAAAAGCUCAUCUCAUAGCCAAAAGUGCUUGUCGCUUUGACUCGUGUUCCCUCCGCUCUUUGAACAAACGAACAGCUGUUGAUAAUCCCCAAUUAGCAGCUUCUAAAUCUAGGACCAAGUGUCUGGAGCUGACACGGCGUCGUUGCAGCACAUCAAUGGCAAGCACAGGGUCGGGGAACGAAGCAGAAGAGGCUGCCAAGUCAAGCAGUCAGCAGGACAUGACCGUGUUGUUCGUCGAGAUGGGAGUUGGCUAUGACCAGCACGGGCAGGAUAUUACCAGCGCAGCAGUCAAAGCAUGCAAGAAUGCCAUUACGUCAAACUCCAUACCUGCAUUCCGAACAGGUGCGAUUCCUGGGGUGAGCUGGGGCGAGAUGAAGUUGAAAGUCGUCCUGGGCGUACCUCGGGAGGCCGCUCACGAGCUGGACAUUCCAAAAGUGAAGGCCAUCUUUCCAUAUGGCGACAUAAUUGACGUGGAGGUGAAGGACGGCGGACUAGUGUGCUCGAGUGGGGUCGCCAUCGAGGCCCUCGGGGACAAGAACGAUCAGUGCUACAUCGUCAAUGCGGCCGUUUAUGUGGGCUACUAAAGUGUCUAGCUGCGCAUGAAGAGAACUUGUGCAAGCCCUCCUAAUACGCUCAAACCCAGCCACCGUUGGAAGGAGGCUGUGAAACUGCUCAAGUCACAAAAUUUUGUUCCUCAACUGCCUGCGGCAUGGAAAAGGGGGCUCAGAUCUCCCUGAUUGCGAGAUUCUGAAACCGUCGUAGGAUAGUCAGGGGACUGAGCCAUAGCCGGACACCAUUGAGAGCUUGAUGUCUUUGGACGAUUGGCCACAAAGGCUCAACUCCGACCGGCUGUUUGACUUCGCUCUGCGAUACACGCCAAGGCAACCAGACAAGCUAUUGGUAGCUGCACUCUCCGUGCAAACGAUCGUGGAAAAUAUUCAUCCUCUUGAGCCAGUGAGUACGGCAGUUCAGAACAUCGUCUUUCCGUGCAGAUCGACCACCUACUUCCUUGUUUCACGUACG